UCAGUAUUUGCAUUUAAAAGACAUCAUUCAUCGGGACAUUAAUCCGGGAAAUAUAUUAAUCGCCAAAAACAUAAUGAACGACCGAUUUGUGAAGUUAUGUGACUUUGGUUUGGCUACAGUUCACAACAAACGAGUUCAUUACCGGACUACACGAAAGCAUACGACAGAUGUUGGUCACCCUAGUUAUGUGCCACUGGAGGUAAUGCGUGGCGAGAAAUACGGUCCCAAAGCGGAUGUCCAUAACGUGGGACUAAUUGGUGGCGAAAUAUUUGAGUUUGAUUUGUUUGAUUGCGACUCAAAUAAAAUAUCCCCUCUACCAUACCCUUACUCCAUAUAA